AAACGCUUGAGAAUAAUACGCGCACUCUCGUCAGAUAUUCCGCGCUAGCGAACAUUCAGCAUCCUCGAGGAAAACGUGCAGGUGCACAGGUCAGAUCACGCGGAAGUGACGUGCGCGCUCACGCGAUUGGCAUUAAAGCUUCGGGAUUAGAUCGGAGGAGCACAGCCGAGACAAAUGGUGCGAAGAGAAGAGGAGAUACUUUGCAGUCGGCGCUAGAAGCAUCUCGGGAAAUGAGCGUCAACUUCUGUGGAGCUGUUUCUCUGCUGAAGGAGGAUCAUGCGUGGCAUCACCGUCAGUUAAGACUUCGCCAAACCAGGAUCCAGCAGCUUUCUUGAACCCCAGACCAGGUGUGUCAUAAACCCCAACAAAAUUAAUCUGUAAAGCCUCGCCACUCAUUUCCCGUCGGGUGAGAAGGGCAUCUGCCCAUGCACACGCACAGCACCAUGGGAAGCUCCCCAGAGGUGUUGUCCUGGACGUCCUGUCCCAGUCUGCUGGUGGGGAAGAUGAAGGAGAAUCUCAAGAUCACAGUCGUUGGUGACUCAGUGAAGAAAACCAACACUAACGUUUCUCCUCAAACGCUGCUUCCGCCGGCACCACCUCCACCGGAGAUCAUCGCAGACCUGGCUCCGCCCACCACCCUUCCCAUGCAACUGCAGCAUAUGCAGCUCCCCUGCAGAGACGCCGAGGCGGGCGGCACCAGCACUCCAUGCACGGCCCUCAGCGAGGACUCAACGCGGGAGCAGGGAAACUUCGACAACAGUGUGCUGCAGCUGCAGGAACACGAGGAGGCCGAGACGCCGGGGUCCUGCGGUCAGGGAGACUGCGGAAGCUGCACGGAGGAGAAAAAUGAGGAAGGCGGGUGUCCAAUGAACCACCGCAGGGACGACAAACACCACCAUCCACAUGAAGACAUUAAAUUGCACUUUCAUCGAGCCGGGACGGGCAGCGGUGGAUUCCUAGAGGGACUGUUCGGAUGUUUGAGACCUGUGUGGAAUAUUAUCGGGAAAACAUACUCGACUGAGUACAAACUUCAGCAGCAAGUAGACCUGUGGGAGGUGCCUUUUGAGGAGAUCUCUGAGCUGCAGUGGCUGGGCAGCGGAGCGCAGGGCGCCGUGUUCCUCGGAAAGUUUCACUCCGAAGAGGUCGCCAUCAAGAAAGUCAGAGAGCAGAAGGAGACUGAUAUCAAACACCUGCGCAAGCUGAAGCAUCCCAACGUCAUCAGCUUCAAGGGUGUUUGCACGCAGGCCCCGUGUUACUGUAUCAUCAUGGAGUAUUGUGCUCAAGGGCAGCUGUACGAGGUUCUCAGGGCCGGACGUAAGAUCACGCCACGGCUGCUGGUGGACUGGGCCUCAGGGAUCGCCAGCGGCAUGAACUACCUGCACCUCCACAAAAUCAUCCACAGGGACCUCAAGUCUCCAAAUGUGCUAGUCACUCAAAAUGACAACAUGAAGAUCUCAGACUUUGGAACAUCUAAAGAGCUCAGUGACAAGAGCAUGAAGAUGUCAUUUGCCGGGACGGUGGCCUGGAUGGCUCCCGAAGUGAUCCGGAAUGAGCCGGUGUCGGAGAAAGUAGACAUUUGGUCAUUCGGGGUGGUGUUAUGGGAGCUGCUGACUGGGGAGAUCCCCUAUAAGGAUGUGGACUCAUCUGCCAUCAUCUGGGGUGUUGGGAGUAAUAGCCUCCAUCUGCCUGUGCCGUCCACCUGUCCCGACGGCUUCAAGAUCCUCAUGAAACAAACCUGGCAAAGUAAACCCAGAAACCGUCCGUCCUUCAGGCAGAUCCUUCUCCAUCUGGAUAUCGCAGCGGCGGAUGUGCUCGGGACGCCACAGGAGACCUACUUUAAAUCUCAGGGGGAAUGGAGAGAGGAGGUGAAGAAGCAUUUCGAGAAGAUCAAGAGUGAAGGCACCUGCAUCCAUCGACUGGACGAGGAGCUGAUUCGACGCAGAAGAGACGAGCUCAGACACGCUCUGGAUAUCCGAGAGCAUUACGAGAGGAAACUGGAGCGAGCUAAUAACCUGUACAUGGAGCUCAGCGCGAUCAUGCUUCAGCUGGAGGUGCGAGAGAAAGAGCUGCUCCAGAGAGAGCAGGCCGUGGAGAAGAAGCAUCCCGGCACGUACAAACGGCAUCUGGUUCGGCCCAUUGUGCGCCCCAAUGCUGUUGAGAAGCUCAUUAAGAAGAAGAGCGGCAUGAACCAUAAACCCGGGACACAACAGCCAAAGAGACCGGAUCUGCUGCGCUCCGAUGGCAUUCCCAGCACCGAGCCUCUUCCGGCUCCGUCCCCGUUAUCAGGAAGCCCGAAAGUGUCCACCCCGCCUGGGAAAGCCCGGUACCGCAGUAAACCCCGCCACCGGAGGGCCAACAGCAAAGGCAGUCACAGUGAGUUCCCAGGGGCCCUCAAACCUGAUUCAGGGCCGGCGGAGGAGCAGGAACCCCUGCAGGAGCAAAGCUACCACCACCACCAUCACCCUCCGCCCGAGGGCCCGCUGUUACCGAUGCAGAACCGUGACAUCGCUGUAGCCACAUGUGCCAACAACCUGCGUUACUUCGGGCCGGCCGCUGCGCUCCGCAGCCCACAGACCGACCACCUGCAGAGGACACUGUCCGGCUCCAGUCCCGACCUGAUCUCCACGGCUGUAGACGCUGAUUCACGCAGCCGCAGGUGCUCUAUCCCUCCCUCCGUGGGUUCGGGUCCCGGGCUGCUGUGUCCCUGCUGCCAGGCUCAUCCAUUCCCCGGCUGCAUACACUGUCAGGAGACGCCCGCCGCUCCCAGACACCCCCAGAUCCCUCAUUACUCACUGCUGAGCACCAGAGAAGAGACGCCGCCCGCCGAUAAGACAUCCUCCAGCGGCCUGCUGCACUCGCCCAGAGCCCUGAGAAACGGGCGAGACGAGUCUUCUGAGGAAGAGGAAGGAGAGGUUGACAGUGAAGUUGAGUUUCCACGCAGAGCGCGGCCUCAUCAAUGCAUCAGCAGCUUCAAGUCGUACUCCACCUUCAGCUCGGAGAACCUGUCGGUGUCUGACGGCGAGGAGGGAAACACCAGCGAUCACUCGCUCAGCGCCGGUCAGGAGGAGCAUCUGGACGAGCUCCUGUCCCACACGCCUGAGAUCCCCAUCGACAUCUCCACGCAGUCCGACGGUCUGUCUGAUAAAGAGUGCGCCGUCCGCCGGGUCAAGACACAGAUCUCUCUGGGCAAGCUGUGUGCUGAUGAGCACAGCUACGAGAAUCCGCUGCAUUUCCGAGAUUCCGACUGCGACACGUCGGAUGCAGAAUGUUCCGACGCAACCAUCAGGAACAAACAGCCCUGCGCUCCUUCAUCCUGGUGAGGGGCAGGCUUCGGAGGAAACACGGCAAUAAUGACCCGACCUAUCCCAUAAUCCACCUCUCUCUCUGAGCAUCUCAGGCAGAUUCCUCCGAAGUGAUAAUGUAGCGAGAGUAACAUGCUUAACUUAUACUUUAUUACAAGCCGGAGGAAACGAAAUCAGGAACUCAGACUUCCUCGGAGUAUUAGUGCUGAAGUGUUGAAAGCGACUCGCUUCCAGUUAGACUAGUUAAAAGGUGUUUGUGUGUGUGUGUGUGUGUGUGUGUGUGUGUGUGUCUAGGUACGUCAGCGAAAGUGUUAAGUGUGUUUGCCCUUCAUAAUAACUAAGUUUGAGCACCAGCAGGAACGAUUUCUGACUUCCUAGAUGUGUGGAAGUAUCCCAUCAUGCCUGCUUGCUCAGCAUUUGAUCAGCCAAUCAGAUCGCUGCUGCGGACAAACAGGAAGUCAAAGAACAAUUGCUGUAUAAAAACGAUCAAAUCCGUGUUUGAGCUGAAGCCAAGCAGCUUUAAUCUCAUCUCAGGACUGUGUUUGAGGAGAGCGGUGGAAGUAUAUUAUCAACUUCAGCUACAGAUGGCUAACGUUUGGAAUAAUUCAUGUUUUUUACGAAAGAAGUCUCUUUUGGUCAUCAAGGCUGCGUUUGUAAAAUACAAUAAAAUCUGAUAAAAUGUCAAAUAUUAUUAAGGUUUAAAAUAUGUGAUGUCUAAAUGAAUAUAUGUUAAACUGUAAUUUAUCUCUGUGAUACAUCGCUGUAUUUUCAGCAUCAUUCCUCCAGUCUUUAGUGUCACAUGAUCUUCAGAAAUCAUUCUGAUUUAGUCUUUUCCUGCUUAAUUAUUAUUAGUGCUCACUUAUUAAUAGUAGUUGUUGUUGUUAUUAUCAAUUUUGAAAACAGUUUUGUGGAAACAAACUUUUUUCAGGAUUCUUUAAUGAAUAGAAGGUUUAAAAGAACAGCAUUUAUUUGAGCUUUUGUAAAAUUAUAAAUGUCUUAACUCUCGCUUUUGAUUAAUCGAAUGCUUUCUUGCUAAAUAAAAGUAUUGUUUUUUGGGGUUUCUUUGCAUCUCCACUAAAAUAUGAAGCAGCACAGCUGUUUUCAACAUUGAUGAUAAUAAUAAAUGUUUAUUAAGCAGUAAAUCAUCAUAUUAGAAUGAUUUCUGAAGAUUAUGUGACACUGAAGACUGGAGGAAUGAUGCUGAAAAUUCAGCGAUGUAUCGCAGAAAUAAAUUACAUUUUAAUAGAGAUUCACGUAGAAAAGAGUUGUUUUUAAUUGUAAUAAUAUUUUAAAAAAUUUAGCAAAUAAAAUAGGAUAUGUGAGCAUCAGAGACUUCUUUCAAAAACAUUUAAAUGAUAUUUUUCCACUCUUUUGCACAGUAGUGGUGAUGUUCUGGAGAUGCAGUGUCCCUUAAGAGUUAAAGCAACGUUUAAAAAAAAAAACUUCAUUAUUUUUUUUUCGUGCAAAAAAAGCAUCUUAAAAGUAUAAAGUUACAUCUGUGUUCCGUUCAAGAAAGUCCAGACGGGUUUGGGACAACACGGGGGUGAAGAAAUAAUGACAGAAUUGCGUUUUCUUUUGGUUAAACGAUCCCUUGGAAGCGUCUUUUAGCGUUAAUAGCAUGCCGUUGACGGAGACAGACCUUUAAACGAGCUCGUUUGUUUAAGGACAAUAAACAAUCAGCAAUAACGUCGCUUUUGUGCUCAGGCUUUCGAGAAUCAUUCGCUCAGGAUGACUGUCUAGCCGGCUGGACAGAUGCCAGCUUUGUAAAAGACCUCUAUUUUUGCAGAUUUGAGUUCAUUAUUUUUACACAUCGACUAAAAACGAAAAGGAAAUAGUCCCAUGCUUUUUUGCUGGUUUAUGCUCAGGUUCAAUGCUUUAUAGAGUCUCUACUAGGGAUAAAAACGAAAAAUAAAAAGUGUUCGUCUUGUUUCAGUCGGUCAAACCGGAUUCGUCCGUGUGUAAAUUGUUUUUAUUCAUCAUUUCCUUACGAAAGGGACACUGCAGCUUCCAGCAUAUCUAUAUUUAAUUAGUGCAUUCAUAUUCAACCUGUGUUUAGAUAUAGAUGUUAUAGCACUAGUUAAAAUAACUUCGGUAAAUGCAGCCGGAUGUGUUUCUGGCAUGUGAAAUAAACUGUGAAUAUUAUUAUUUUCUGAAAUGUUACUAAAAGAAGCCUCGCGAGAUGUAAUUGCACAUUAAAAUUACAGUAUCAGUGCGUUUCGAGCAAGCGAACAAAGCAAAGGCCACUGGAAACGAAUGCAUUUUUUGCCUUUUUUUAACCAUCUGACUUCAAUCUGAAACUUGUUUUUAACAGCUCAAUCAGUUUCGACCACAAAACAUGAAAGAUUGCAGAAGCAAAACGGGUUUUCAUGUUGACUUCGUGUCUUUGAAGGAGGAAAUCAGCCAUUAUUACUUGCAUUACUUCAGUCGUUUCUGUUCACUACGAUGGUAACGUGAUAAAAACGCAAGAUUUGUUGAACGAAGGCGAACAGAAAACACGCACCAACCUCAUUCUCUCUCCGUUUACAUGAUCCACUAAAGAUGGUUUUUAGUGAGUGUUGAUGAAAUAUGAUGAUGUAUGAAGUCUUUCCGGCCAUAGCGCCACCACAAAUCCUGUAAAUCAUGAGUUUAAUUUAAUUUAAUGUAAAAAAUGUCUUUCUUUUUUGUAGCUGGUCUACACAAACAUUUAUUUAUUUUGAAGCACGAGUUAAAUUGAUGGGUUUUUUUUUUUCAUCUCAUAAUAGUCUCAUGCAUGUUAUAACUGUCUUCUGAAGUAUUACAGAUGGUGUCUUAAAAGGAAUCCAGUAAUUAUCUCAGAAUUGUUUUAUUUAUUUUUUAUUAUAGAAGCCCAUUUCUGCCAUGGAAUAAAAUAAUUGUGAUAAUUGCGACUUGUAUCACAAUUCAGACUUUUUGUCUCGAUUCUAAAAUAAAAACAACCACAACUGUACGACGUAAAAAAGAAAAACUCAAAAUAGUCAGAUAUAAACUAAGAUUUGCGAGAAAAAAAGAGAAUUCUAUUGCUUUUUUUUUUAGAAUCGAGACUUUCUAAAAAAAAAUUCUUGAUUCUAAAAGAAUUGCAACAGAAUUCUCUUUUUGUCUUGCAAAUCUUAGUUUAUAUCUGACUAUUUGUUGCAUUACUCCACAUGAAAUAAAAGAGUUUAUAUCACAACUAUUUCUUUUUUUCAAAAUUUUUUGUUUGCAUACAGUAUAGCAAUUCUGACUCUUUUUUACUCAAUUCUUAGUUUAUAUAUUGCAAUUCUAACAAUAUAUCUCAAUUCUGAGUUCACAUGUCAAUAAUACGUCUGAAUUUUUCACGUGGCAGAAACAAGCUUCCUCAUUUUCUUUUUCUGUGGAAAACAAAGGGUUUUUAAUUGCUUUGUCAGCUUCUACAUACACAGGUAUUUAAAAAUGAACUAUUUUUGUGCAGAGUAUCUUAAGCUCUGGGCUCAUUCUCCUCCUCUAGUUUGUUUCUUAUUCAUGUCUUUGCCCUUUUCCUUCCUUAUCUUGAAUGUUGUAAUGAUCCUGAUGGUUUCCUGUGAGCCUGUGUAUGUACAGUGCGACACGAGUGACGUUUAAAAUCAAGACAGAGCAACUGCAUGGAAAUAAACACUGAUGCACUGUACCAAA